UAAUUCGUAACGAUAAAUGGGGCAAUGUACGCAAAGGUGCAAAAUUAUCGGAGUGCACGAUUUGUCACAUCAUAUUUAUACCAACAAUUCAUACGCUGCCUCCACCCGAAUCGGAAAAAUCUCUUUGAACAUAGAUCAAUUAUUAAACAAUUUUACAAAAAUAACCCGAUACGCCACAAACAUGACGGUGAUAAUGGCAAGAGGAAGUAUAACGUGCUUAACAUGAUCAACAGCGAAUAUUUGAAUUAUAUAUACAAGGCUUGGCUCAAGGAUACGAAAUCUGUGAAUUCUUCGUGGGACUCAUAUUUUAAAUUAAUUCACGCUGAAAGCCCUAAAGUCUCUCAUGCCAAACUCAAAUUGACUCCCGUCAGUACAUCAGCUCUUAAAUUAAUGACAUCGAAUUUAAAAGGAGGACAAUUGGGCAAUAGUGAGUUUUGA